UGUUUUCAAGAAAACACGGCAAGAGCUAACUUCACAACUUUGGCAGAAAAACCCUUUGGAUUGCGAUCCACUCUGUCUGUCGGUCAGGAAGAAGGGUAUAAAGUGGUCAAGGAAAUCGAAGGGAUCUCGUUAUGGAAACGUUAUAAGAUUUGUUCUUGUUCGGGGCAAGGAUUGAUAGGACCUUGAAAUCAACUACCGACAGAUGGUUCCAUAUCUGUGAUUGAACGAACUUCACUUCUUCGAAGUAGAUAUUGACUAAAGGAGUGGUUGAUUUGCUUGAAAUUAUGUCGAGGGAAAGUAACUGCGAAAGCCAUACCAAAAUGGAAACAAAUCCUCCGCAGGAAGAAGAGAAGGUUGUGAUCCCACCAUACAGGAGCUCAGAAUGUCAUAACAAAUCUUUCCAAGUUAUGAACACUUUACGUGAGCAAAAUCAAUUAUGCGACGUUCUGUUAAAGGCUGGAGGAAACGAGAUUCCAGCACACAGGGUUGUCCUGGCAUCAUCCAGCCCUUAUUUUCUAGCAAUGUUCACUGGAGAGCUGUCAGAGAGCCGGCAAACAGUUGUAACAAUGCGUGAGAUUGACAGCCAUGCACUUGAACUAUUGGUGCAGUAUGUUUACACUGCAGAGAUUGAAGUAACGGAAGAUAAUGUCCAGGUCCUACUUCCUGCAGCUAAUCUUCUUCAAUUAACAGAUGUGCGAGAUGCAUGCUGCGAGUUCCUGAAGGCACAGCUCCACUUUACAAACUGUUUAGGAAUCAGAGCUUUUGCUGACAUGCAUUCUUGUGGUGAUCUAAUGGUUGCAGCACAUUCUUUUGCUGAGAAGCACUUUAGUGAGGUUGUCCAGGCUGAUGAAUUUCUAGCUUUACCAAACCUUCAAGUUGAAGAACUUAUUUCAAGUGAUCAGCUGACAGUUCCUUCAGAAGAAAAGGUAUUCGAGGCAGUAGUCACGUGGGUAAAUCACGACCCUGAACACAGGCAAGACUGCUUGGCGCAGCUCAUGGAACACGUGCGCCUGCCCCUUCUGUCACGUGAAUACCUCGUGAGCCGCGUGGAAACCGAAAUGCUCGUCAAAAACAACAACAUGUGCAAAGAUUUCCUGAUUGAGGCUAUGAAGUAUCAUCUGCUGAGCAAUGAACAGCGGUCAUCCGUGCAGUCACCGAGAACUCGACCCAGGACACCGAUUGGUUUACCUAAAGUGAUGUACGUUGUAGGAGGCCAGGCACCUAAGGCAAUACGAAGCGUGGAAUGUUACGAUUUCAAAGGUGAAAACUGGUACGCGGUUGCUGAGAUGAACUCCCGCCGUUGCCGCGCCGGUGUUGCCGUGUUGGACGGACUCGUCUAUGCCGUGGGCGGUUUCAACGGUUCGCUGCGCGUUCGCACGGUCGAUUGCUACGACCCUGUGAAAGAUCAGUGGCGCCCUGUAGCGUCGAUGGAAGCGCGUCGCAGCACGCUGGGCGCGGCCGUGAUGAACGGACUGUUGUACGCCAUAGGCGGCUUUGAUGGCACAACGGGACUCAACACUUGUGAAGUGUACGAUCCGAAGCUCAACGAAUGGCGACCGAUCUGCCCUAUGAGUACCCGAAGAAGCAGCGUCGGUGUCGGCGUUUUAAACGGUCUGCUUUACGCCGUCGGUGGGUACGACGGCGCGUCAAGACAUUGCUUGAGCUCGGUUGAGUGUUACAGUCCUAACACGAACGAAUGGUGCUUAAUGGCGGAGAUGAGCACCCGUCGAAGCGGCGCAGGCGUCGGCGUGGCGGACGGACUAUUGUAUGCCAUCGGCGGGCACGACGGUCCGCACGUACGCAAAAGCGUAGAAUGUUUCAACCCGGAUCUGAACCAGUGGCGGCCUGUCGGCGACAUGAGCAUGUGUCGUAGAAACGCUGGCGUAGCGUCAGUGAACGGUUUACUUUUUGUCGUGGGCGGUGACGAUGGAUCCAGUAAUCUGUUUUCAGUUGAAGUUUAUAAUCCGAGGACAGACCAGUGGGGCUUGCUUUCAACGUUUAUGACGAUAGGCCGAAGUUAUGCUGGAGUAGCCGUGAUUGACAGGCCUAACACUUAACCAUGGCUGCUGGAAACGUUGCUGUGAUCGUUGAGCAACGUUUCCUUCUGUCAUCUGCUCUUUUCGUCCUGGUUAAAGAUAUUUAACUUUAUACGUACGGUGUAAAACUGAAAUUAGCGAACAAGUUAAAAUGGAAUGGAAGAGAAAAGAUCGAAGGUGACAAGUUCUGAGUAGCGUAGGAUUCUUGAAGUCUGGAAUUCUUCCCAGAAGACGUUUACAAAUCUUUCGCAUGUUUUGCUAGGAAAGCUCUCGAAUUUUAUCCAAACUGCGACAAGCCACCUUGAUUACAUGAACCGUAAGUUUUUUUGUUUACUGCCUAGUCAAUACUAGAAGCCAUCAUUGGCCUGUUGCUGUCUGGUGGUCUUCUACACAUAAUCAUGUAAGCGAAGAGAAAAUUAUGAAGAGAUGUAACAAAAACAGACAUUAAAAUUUCACUUAAAGUGAUUUUUACGCUGA